GUUUUGCUUUUAUUUGUUGACAUCAUCUCCAAAGAUUUUUUUCUGGUCGAGAUGGCGGAGUUUUCUCAGGUAUUUGAAGACGGUCUGAGGGCGAGGAAUGUUUUUGUAGCUGACCAGUAUAAUGAUGAUGAUGGUCCAAAACAAGAUUUUAAGGGAGAAGAAGAAAAGUAUGCUUUCACAGACGAAUCUGGACCCGAAGAAGAUCCAUCAUUGCCUUAUGCGGGGAAGGUGUAUCUGGCUCGCCGGAAGAAACCCGACACUUGGCUCACCACAAUGAUGGAGAUCCUGGCUGUAGUUUUGGUAGCAUGCUUCAUCUACUAUUCCUACUACUACAUGGACAACCUGCAGUUCCAUGUGACGCAUGCUUACGCCCAUAUGGGGCAAGCUCACGCGGCACACAUGGUGGGUCAGAGAUUACUCUGGGGUGAAGGCACCAAACAGGAUGAAGACAAGGCCAUGGAAUGGUUCAGGGUUGCAGCGGACAAGGGUCAUCCACAUGCUUCUCAUAACUUGGCCAUAGGUCAUCUUCACGGUUACAAAACUGAUGUCAAAAGUAAAGAGGAAGCGAGAAAUCUUCUGGAAUUUGCCCGCGACAAUGGUGUUCAUGAGGCUCAUGAUGCAUUGCACCGACUUUGUCCCCAUGACCAGUGUUAGAUUGAGGAAGGAAUCCCGAGAGACACCAUCGAUGGGAAUUUUAUCAGUUUGAUAUCAGAGGAGCUUGAUUGCAAGAAUAAAAUGUGAUGUUCCUUGUAGACUGUCACUCUUUGAUGUUUGAUGUAUUCCCUCAGUAGUUCAUAGGUUUGGCAUGGAGACUUUCAUCAAUUUUAUGUCUUGGUCUGAUUUUUCUUUCAUGCUGAAAAUAAAUUUUUGAAGAAACGUACACAUUUUGAUGAUAAUGGAAAUAUAUUAUAACUAAAUGUGUCUUCAGUGUUGUAUGGCAGACUAUCAUAGUCCUUUUACAAGAUGCCUUGCACUGCAGUUACCAAAUAUUGUCCAAAUUACCAUUUGAUUUUAUGAAUGCAACAGUUACCAUGGACUUGCCCAAUACCUUUAUAUCUAUUCACCUUGUCAACUAUUUAUUUUCUUCAAAGAUAGGAAAUUGUAUUUCAACUAGAUUUGUAAAAACAUAUUUCAGUGUGCUUUUGUAAAUGUGUGCUUAAGUUAUUGAAUAGAAAAUGGCAAUUGCCUUACUUGUGUGAAUUCUUGUCUUUCAAUAUCACCUUGACUUAUAAACAUUCCAAACUUAAACUAAUUCUACUAUUUAUUAUGCAUUAGAAAAAUGCAUUUUUUUGCCUUUUCAGUAGCCUUUUAUGUCAUUUUUUACCUCGCUAUUCAUCUAUGUUUUGAAUUGGACUCACUGUAAAUAUUGAAAGUCUUUGUGUACGUUAGUAGAGUUCAAAUGUUCAAUUUAGAUAUUUAAACAUUGUGCCAUUUUACGUUAUUAUGGUUGAAAUUUGGUUUAUCAGUUGCCGAGGGGAAAUUGCAUCAUGAUUGUAUGCUUGGAUGUAACAAAAUACUUUAGACCCCAUAUAUUUUAUAUACAAGUAUUCUCACAGUUCUAGACUGUCUUUGGAAGUUUGAAACAAGGGGCCCGUUGCAUAAAACUUUUUACCUGAGAAAACUCGGGUUGUUUUUUACCAGAAAUUCUCAAAAAAUUUGCCCUGUUAUAAAAUCAAUGGCAGAAAUCAGACUAACCUGGCUUAAUUUUCAGUUUUUACCAGAGUUUUCUCAGACUAAAAAGUUUUAUGCAACAGGCCCAAGGUGUAAAUUUAGACUUCGGUAGCGUUUCUUUUUGCAUAAAUGGCCAUGUAUCAAGCAGAAAUUCUCAAAAAAUUGAUUUGUGAAAAUGAAACCAACGUGAAAAACUACUAUGUAUACAGUACUACUGUAUUGAGUAGUGCUAUCAGAUUUAAGAUGUUUUAUCAAGCACUUGUAUAUAGUCGACAUCACAAAUGUCUACAGAACAAAGUAAAAAAAUCAUUUCCAAGAAAAUGGCUGCCAUUUCGAAUAAAGUUUCCAUGUUUGAUCACUGCAUGGUAAAAUGCACCAUUCAUUUUGAAAGGAAGGAGAUAUCUUGAAUCUUCAGAGGUAUGGACGCAUCCAUGAGUAAAUGUUAAUAUAGACCAGAAACUAAACACUUGAAGAUGUUAACAUUUUGCCUGAGGAAAAAAGUAGAAAAUUAAGGAAACCAAGAACAAUUCAUUAAAAAAUGUGAAUCAAAACCAAUUUGGGAUGAAAUUUGUGUUUAUAUGACCAUGGACUGCUUGAAAUGUUGUCUGCAAUACUGUGAAGCCUUUGUUAAUGUUAGGAAUUCAUUUUGUUUGUCAGUCUGAUAUCCUAUAUUGCGUUCGGCAGUAAUGAAGAGUCGCAUAGUCAUGUAUUGUUGCCCACAAUUAUCUGCUUUCAUCCAUCCAAAUUUAUUCAUCAGAAUAUACAUUGAGUUCAUUGUAGAUUAAUGUGCAUUUUCGUGUUUGUUGGAAGUGAACCUCCUACAUGCAAAAGUAUGUAUUUGCAUUUACUUUUAAAUGAAGAGAAAAAUUCAGGUGGCAAGUCACUGCUCCGUCCACAAUGGCCUGAAUUAAAAAAAGGUGGUUUUGACCAAUACCAUCAGUUGAACCCAUGGUUUACGCAGAUUUCCUGUAUAAAUUAUGCAUAAUUUACCAAAUAUAUGAAAAGAUCUCCAGUUCUGAUGCACCAAAUUGACGCCUGUUGCCUGUAUACAUGUACAUACCAUGUAUUCAUAUUGAGAUUUGAUAAGUGUUAUAUUUGUUUUGUGACAUGAAACCAAUUUAAGGUUCUGAAAUAUUCAGUCACCAUGUAUUAUAGAAGUGUGCAAUAGAUUUGUUUUGUUGUUUUUUCUUGUCUUUCACUGCUGUAUAUAUCAUAGCAAUGGUUUUUAUUACCUUAAGGCCUUUUUGUUCAUGCAAUAAUUUAAAAAGGGGAGUGAUCAACUUUCAUGUAUAAAUAUAUAUAUUCAUAUAUAUAUCCAGAUUGGAGAUCCUCACAGACACCCAAAUUGGCAACUGGAAUGUAGUAAAUGGAACUUGAGAUAAUGUGUUCAUUGGUUUCAAUGGGGACAAUAUUAGGGACCAAUUUCACUUUUCAUUUACAUGUCUUUCCAAUUUGUAUUCAAAUAUUCAUGAAUGAGUUAUACAAUGUACUGGUAUUCAAUAUGUCCAUUGAUAAACUGAAACCAGAUUUAGUUCCAAAGAUAUGUUUGAGCAUGGGUUUUAACAGACACGUUAUCUAUCAGAUAUGGUUAUUUACAUUUGGUACAAAAUUUUAACAAGAAAGAGCAAUGCCAUAUACCUUAGAGUGCUCACCAAUGUCAGCUCCACAGCCCUUUAUAUUGAAGGGCACUACAAGCUCUAGCCCGCAGUGGAAUUCCUGCCAUUGGAUCAUGGGCAUUUCCCUUUCACUAAAAGUCAGAGAUUUAUUGUAAUUUUUUGUUUAAAAUAAUGCAAUAUUAAAUCAUGAUCUUUAUGGAAAACCAAUUAAUGUUUAAUUUGAGUUCUGACACAUUCACUGUAAAAUCAUAUUUCUUGGCAAAUAUAAUGUGAAUGUUGUAUAGAGUUAGCAGUAAAUUAUUUAUCAUUUUAGUAGGUAUGCCAUGAAAAUACAAAUUAAAAUGUUGCACCCUGGCUAUGGAUCUAACCAUGGGGGGGGUCACUUCCAUUCAGUGGAAAGGAUCUGUGAAAAUAAAAACCCCAACAAACAGAAAAGGGGGUAUUUUUCAGGGAUAGGAGCGGAAUGCGGCAAAUUAUGUGCAAAAAACUUUAAAAAUGGGGAAAACACCCCGAAUCAUCUAAAACAUGAAAAGGGUAUGUAAUUUGCAUGGACUGUAGCAAGACCCACCUGUGAAGAGAAAAUCCUUUAUGUGACCUCGAUAAGUUGGAAAUGGAAUACCUAGUCCUGCAUAUAUUUCAAACCAAACCCACAUGCACAGUGCAUAGUGAAAUGGAUCCUGGUUUAGGCUAUGUCAGAAUGAUUGAUGAAAUCCCUAAUAAGAGUGAGCAAAUUUGGGCCAAGUGGCCUGUUCUUCAAUGAGAGUGCAUUAUUUAGGACUAUUUUCACUGAAGCCGUCCACUCUUCAAUGGAAGAGAACUCCCCCCCCCCCCAUCCAGGAACCGUAUGAGUAGUUUGAGUCUUGCAUAUGUACUUUGGAAUUAGCUGAGUUAUACUGGUUUUAAGAUCAGUUUAUUACAAGGACAAUAAAACUUUGUUAUUGAUGUUGUUAUUUGAAGUAUGCUUUCCACAAUCAUAAAUUCAUGUGUGUGUAGAAUUUGAAAAAUGCAAAUAAAUAUUCC